CUCUUACAGACAGUGCGGUCCUGGGCGUCGCCGCUACGUGGAGGAUUACAGUAACCCUGUAGUCAGUGAUGAGUCAGAGUGCGUGGUGCUGAUGCUGCUGCCAUUUCAUCACCUCUGCGAGCGCAGCAUCCAUCCCUCCUCUCUCCCUGCGCCUGGGCCUACCUCGCCUCAGGCUGCCAGGCCAACGAUGCGCUCGUGGCCGAUCUAGAUCAGGACCGAGUCGCGCUCUCUGAGGUCUCGGCCGGGCGCCCCCAUCUCGCCGCCCACGGCCUGGGCCAAGGAGACCUGCCGAGCCCCGGCCAUGGAGGCCAUCUGGCUGUACCAGUUCCGGCUCAUUGUCAUCGGGGAUUCCACGGUGGGCAAGUCCUGUCUGAUCCGCCGCUUCACCGAGGGCCGCUUUGCCCAGGUUUCGGACCCCACGGUGGGGGUGGAUUUUUUCUCCCGUCUGGUGGAGAUCGAGCCAGGAAAACGCAUCAAGCUCCAGAUCUGGGAUACCGCGGGUCAAGAGAGGUUCAGAUCCAUCACUCGUGCCUACUACAGGAACUCAGUAGGUGGUCUGCUCUUAUUUGACAUUACCAACCGCAGGUCCUUCCAGAAUGUCCAUGAGUGGUUAGAAGAGACCAAAGUACACGUUCAGCCCUACCAAAUUGUAUUUGUUCUCGUGGGUCACAAGUGUGACCUGGAUACACAGAGGCAAGUGACUCGCCACGAGGCAGAGAAACUGGCUGCUGCAUACGGCAUGAAGUACAUUGAAACGUCAGCCCGAGAUGCCAUUAAUGUGGAGAAAGCCUUCACAGACCUGACAAGAGACAUAUACGAGCUGGUUAAAAGGGGGGAUAUUACCAUCCAGGAGGGCUGGGAAGGGGUGAAGAGUGGAUUUGUACCAAACGUGGUUCACUCUUCAGAAGAGGUUGUCAAAUCAGAGAGAAGAUGUUUGUGCUAGUCAGCCCUUUUAUCUCCAAAACAUGCUCUCCCACCUGAACUUAAAAGUGAUCAAAAUGAAUAGAAUCAUCGUGUGACUGAAGAGAACUUAACCUCCAUAUUGGAUCCCAAGUGAGCCUCCUCCCCAAGGGGCCCUUGGACAGGUGAUGGGCGGGCGGGCGGGCGGGUGGGUGGGUGGGGGAGCCUGGGUGCUGGGACUGGCACUUUUUUGUGGUCCAUGCUGGGCAGUGGCUGCUCUGUGUGCCCUUUGUGGACCGCAUGUCAAGGAGCUGAGGUCUGGGGAGCUAGGCCCCAGAAAAGUACACCCACAGUCAGGACAACUAUUUCUUGGUAUUUCAGCUCAUUCAUAGGUCACGAUCAUAAAGAAAUACGUAAAGGGGAGAAAAGUAUCACAUUGGGAACAAUUAGCCAACCUAAAAAAGAGUAUGAGAUCCGCUUAAUCAGUGAGAAUAUCCUGCACUAAACAUAUGUGCUGGGUUUGGUUAAAAGGUACCAAUUAGCUUCUAAACAGCUCAUCUGUAAAAUGAGGGGUGUGGACCAGCCUUUUACUAAGACCCUUUCAAGGCCUGGAGUUCUAGUGAAAAUGGUGUGAAUGUGAAAAAGGGAGGCUAUUUACACACUGUUACUGUCACACUUGAAAACAUGUGAAAGAAUAACCAGCUGUGUGUAAGAAAUUGUCCCACGCAAAUUAUCGUGUAAGUAGAAGAGAGAAAUACUGUAACUCCAAUGCCCUCUUUCCCCUCUGACCACGCCUGGGGCUCACUGCAUCGGCGACUGCAAUCUGAAGGUAAACACCUGCUCAACAGGAGGUGCUGUAAGCCUUACAGACACGUUACAGUUCGUUGACUUACUUAUUUGAUCAUCGUAACAAGCCGUUAGGGUUUCUUCCCCAGUUUACGAAAAAAUUAACUGAGGGGCAGGAGAGUCACUUGACCCCUGGUUCUUGUUUCACUGCAUCAUCCUGCUGUCAGAUGAAUAAACUGUUAUUGUUUGCUUUGGAAGAGACAUGACUGUAAAUAAAUAUUCUCUACAUGUUAGGAUAUGUUUCCUUAUUGAUUACAACUCAGCUAUAAUCCUGAGGGAACCCGGGCAUGAGUCGAAGGUAAAGCCCAUUCAGGUAUUAUUGACAAGAGGAUUUUACACAAGUGAAUAACUGCACAGUGAAAACACGUUAGAACUGUUCGGGCUGUAAAUGUUCUUAUCACUAAAACACAGUGGAUGUAUUAUUGAAAGGAACCAAAUACAGCAAUGGGGAGUGGGAUGGGGAUAAAAUACUCACCUCACAAUGACCUUGGCCACUUGUUUGCCUUAUGCCUACCCUGGGUUCCUGUCUACCCUAGAAAGUCAGCUCUCAGUUCUCAGGUGAACAGACAGCUAACUGCAUCAGAAACUUGGAAUGGUUGACUUGAGGUUCCAUUAUCUUCUUGCAGAGACGUGAUGCUUUAAAUGAUGUUUUUGAAUUGUAGCCAGUUCAGCUAGGCAAAAGCCAUACUUCUCACAGUAAGAAAAUAAUUCUGAUUAGACUCGCCUUUCUCAUAUCCAUUGUGAUAGGAAAGCCUGAGGAUGGUAAAUUGCUUUGAAAUAUGGUACUGAACUUCAGGAUGGAUGUAACCAAAUCUGAAAUUUGGGGGAUUUACUUCAGCCGGAAUAAAGAAGUCAAAUCAUGAAAAUCAUGGAAACAAACCACCUUGGACCUACGUGCAGCAUCAACCCCAAGUGACCCAAUCAUCAUCUCUUCCUUCGUUUAGCAUGACCUGGCUUGGGUGGAGUAAUUAAGUUCCCAGCUUUGUGGUUGUAGAAGACAAACAAAAGAUAGUAAAUUGGGUUAACACAAAGUUUCAUCAACUACUAUACUUAAUUAUGUUUAGAAGAUUCUGAAAGCAAGAUGAUCCAGUGGAUAGAUGAGAGUUGACUGUAUUCUGUCAGUUCAAAAAAAAAGGUACAAACAAAACUCUACCGUUUUCUUGACUUAAAUACAUCAUAUGUAUACUUUUCCCAUUCCUUUCAUUUUUGAGGCAGGUUUAAAAACUCUCAGCAUAGAUCCAGCAGAAGUGGCUGAGCUUAAUUGCUUAAACAAGUUCUCGAACUUUAAAAAUCCUUUUAGUAGAAUUCAGUGCUGUUGUCACUGCAAUAACUGGGUUUUAGAAAAUGUGUGAAAAGAUCAGGUGUUAACACAAUAUUAAGGAUAAAGCUUUAGAAGCUAUUUUAUUACAUAGGUGAAGACAAGAUAAACUAACUUGUAACAAAGACCACAACUGCAUGUUGGAUUAGAUUGUCUCAUAUUCCAGAAUAAAAUGUACUGUAUACUUUUCUUCACUUUGUUGUGCACUGUAAUGAAAUGUGAAAAAGAUGUUUUCUUUAGCUGUAUGUGAAUGAAAAUAUGCUUGUAUUUAGUAAAAUGGUUGAUUAUGUGACUGUGA